GUUCGCAUCCUUCCGCGCGGAAGGAGCCCGGAGCACUGUACCUCGCUCCGGCGUCGGUAUGUUCUCACCCCUUCCACCGAUGCUCGAGCAAACAUCGUAACGAUCCUGAGGAACCGCCGUCGCGUGCGACGGCCUGUACCCGGAUUCGCGAGAGUGCCCGGAAAAAAAAACGCAAACGCCGGAGAGAGCCGCGGUUUGAAAACUUUGUGAAGUCGCGCGAACUUUGCGUCGCGAAAAAGGAAUUUUUGCUCGGCGGUGAUUUUUCGUGCAAAUAUCGUCGUCGACGAUUUUUCCCCCCCGGUAAACAGAAGGUAUAAUAAGCUCGGAACUAUUCGGAUCUUGCAAAUUGGGCAUCCGCGGAAUCUGACAUUUGACUCUAUUGAAGUGUAUUACAAUGUUAUUAGGCACAGACCUGGGAAUCAUGUUGAAGUUACGGAGUUCGAGUACCUAGGGGGAGAACAUUAUUUCUCGCAUGAAAGAUAAACGAUACAAUUUCAACGACCGUCUUCUUUGCCGUGCGCAAACGGAUGCUGAUUACGAUCGCGCUCUGAAGAGCGGAAUGCAUGAUCCCUGCUUCAAAGAAAUCCUACGCUAAGGUCGCGUGAGCACAGAUUGUAAAAGAAGAAGGAAACGAGAGGAACGAGAGCUUUCGUGAACUUCAAGAGCAUACCGAUUACUGCGAGAGCACCGGUAUCUCCGCGCAUUGCUUUAUCUACCUUUACCAAAUUUGCAUUCGUGCGAUUUAUUUGAUGGAGUGACUUAUUGGACUGAAACCUGUCACGACGCGGUACCUCAGCAAAGAUAUGCACUAUUUGCGUUAAUACUGACGUGAUCGAUAAUUCGGCUCGAGUGACUUAUCCGUCCGGAUUCCGGAUACUGUCAAUGAAUUUCGCGAUGCUACUAUGGAACAUCGUAAUUAGAGACAGAUCGCAAUUAAAUCGUUUAUACGGCGUGUAAUUGCGCGCGGACGAUUUGCGGGUGAGAUACUAUACUGACGAAAUAGUGACGACGCAAUAAGAUCGAAACAUGAAUCUCGCUGUGCCGAUGAUCGUCGCCUGGCUGGUAUCGGCGACGCCGCGCUCGUGCGACGCCGAGGACGCGGACGACGAUUACUCGGACAAUUACUUCGAGUACACCAACGUGACGAAUUGCACCAACGACUACUGCAUCCCGGACGAGGACUACAUCGAGCUGAUGGUGCAGCACAUAUUCCCGAAAUUCUCCUACUGGGUGCUGAUCGCCAUGCACAGCAUCGUCUUCGUCGUCGGCCUGAUCGGCAACGCGCUCGUCUGCAUGGCCGUCUAUCGCAAUCACUCGAUGCGCAACGUGACCAAUUAUUUCAUCGUCAACCUGGCGGUGGCCGAUCUCCUCGUUCUGCUCAUCUGCCUGCCGCCGUCGGUCCUCUGGGACGUCACGGAGACCUGGUUCCUCGGAUUGAAACUCUGUAAGGCAGUGCCGUAUCUCCAGACAGUGUCGGUGAGUAUCAGCAUUUUGACGCUGACUUUCAUAUCGAUCGACCGGUGGUACGCUAUAUGCUUCCCAUUGAGAUUCAAGUCUACGACAACCCGAGCGAAAACCGCUAUUAUAGUGAUCUGGGUGAUAUCGCUACUUUUUGACAUUCCAGAAUUACUGGUGUUACACACGGUGCCGUCACACAGUAGAGUGCAGACUGUAUUAUUCACGCAGUGUGUUUGGUCGUGGAGCCGAGAAAGUCAAACUACCUUCACAGUUGUCAAGUUGAUCUUUCUGUACACGAUGCCGUUGCUUUUUAUGAGCGUGGCGUACUGGCAGAUUGUGCGCGUUCUUUGGAGAAGUGAUAUUCCAGGACAUAAUUUGUCUACCAGAGUCUGUCGUUCAACUGAGAUUCCACUGUCCGGGGGUGGAAAUCCGGAGGGUCAAUUGAGAUCUCGGCGGAAAGCGGCGAAGAUGUUAGUUGCCGUAGUCAUCACAUUCGCGAUAUGUUUCUUUCCAGUGCAUUUGCUCUCUAUUCUAAGAUGCACCAUGGAAUUACCGUCGAAUCAAUGGACGAUCGCCAUUAGCCUGAUCGCCCAUUGGCUUUGUUAUUUCAACAGCGCGGUGAAUCCUGUCAUCUAUAAUUUUAUGAGUGGGAAGUUUCGCAAGGAGUUCAGGCGUACCUUCCGGUGCUCCCACAGCGACGGAACCUGCGCUCACAAACGCGGAUACGUCGCGGGUAUCGCGGACCCGCUUAAACACAAAUCUCGAAAUUACACGAGAUCAAUUCGCACGACGUCCAACAGUAAUAACGUUCAGCGAAGCACCGAGAUCAUACCUCUCAGUGCCAUAAUCAGUGUACCGCAAAACGUGAAGCAAGAAUGAGCCUCUCGUUUCUCGUACCCUAAAACUACGCCAAAUGUUCUUUUCCAAAUUCUUUAAACCAAUUUGAAAGCCACAACUUUUCUUCACAAAAAUGCCGAGGCAUGUACAAUAGUUUUUCGAUAAUUAGCAACUGGAAAGUAACCGAUUCCUGACGAGUCAAGAUCCAAGAGGAAACAGGCGAAAGUCAUUGACAAUUUAAAAAAUUGCGAUAAAUGAUCUUUAUCAUUUUUUCAGACGAGAAAUAUCAUCAAGAUUGAUCGAAGAAAAUUAUAGUUAAAAGAACAUUUGACGAGAUGCGCUUUGUAUACUGCAAUAAAGUAUAGUUCUCGAAAGCUCAGUAAUAUUCGUAGAUGUGAUCGAGUUGAGUUGUUCCUAUGUACUGUUUAAGUAAGCCUCGUUCAACAAACUUUCUUAAAGUUUCGUUGAAUUUAAAUGAACUGAGUCACAUAGUAUUCAAUUAAUAUGUAAAUAGGCGAUUAUAAUAUGUAUACACUGAGAUGUGCACGACGAUAUCGUUGAGAUUUUUGCUGCUUUAAACAUUUUACUUUAUUAUACUGUAGAUAUAGAUGUAAUAACAAUGUACAUCACAGAUCGAUAACUGAAAAAUUGGAGACCUAAAGAGACGCACGUUUAAAAUUCAACAGAAUAAACGCAAGAGUGUAAAUAUAAAGCGUUAUAUUCUACCUAUUCCGGCACUUAAAAGCACUCAGUUAUGCUUCGUUUUCGUGUGUUACACUUGCGAUUAUUUAUUUUUCCUAUAAUACAAUCGAUAUAUCAAUCAAAAUAUAUCUACAAAGUUUAAUAAAGUGUACGUAAUCCUAACGUUUAAAGCUUAAAAUUAUUAUAUAAAGUUAUUACUAGUAAUAUUAGUUUUUAUAAACUGUACAAUAUGCUACAGCGAAUGACGUGUUCUUCCUCUCGCUCCGUUUCCACUUAAAUUUACAUUUUUAUUGCGCAGAAGUGCCGUUCACCGUGUAUAAAUCCCUUUUAUCGAGAGUUUUUAUAUCUUUUUUUUUUCAAUAGAAUUUUGUUUAAGGCUUUGCAUAAUUUUGCCGUAUAUUCCUAGACGUUAAUAAUCGUGGCGAGUUAAAAAUGAAAUUAAUUGAUCGCUUCGUCUCAUUGCCGCUCUCGCUGUUUUUAAUGUAUUCACAAAAAUAAUUAUCUACUUCAUUGAUUAAACACUCUAGUAUAUUCGAGUUAGAUCUUAGAGGCAUAUCUUAAUAUCGCAAAAGAAAAAAAAAAGUACUUUAUAUUAUCUUUAUGACAACGGCCGGAAACGUGUAAAUAAAAUAUAAUAAAAGAGAAUUCAUCAUAAUAUAGAAGAGAAAACUAAAAAGAUAUCCGAUGAACUGUUCACAUUCCUGUUGUGCUUCCGCAUAUUUUCUUUUCUGCAAAAUAAGACCGUGGUCUCUUCUCUUUUCAAACGAAGCUAGGAGACGAGAAAAAAGAGUGCAGAAAUGCGUAAGGAAGGCAGACGGAUAGAACAGACAUCUGUUAAAUUAAAUAUUAUCCCGAUUGCAUGUAAAAAAAAAAAAAGAUUAUUUCUAUACACAUACAAAAAGAUGCACACUUACAUUAUUCAAUGAAAUGUAUUUCGUUAAUAUUAUAACUACAAACAUUCCUGCACUGUAGGUAGUUAUAACAUUGAAAAAAGUAUAUGUAAUAGAAUUACCGUGUCACAGUCCAUGGCCCGCGCAGCUGCCAAGUAUAUUACAUUAGUACACGGUAACGUUCCUCGCUAAAUAUUGACCAGUUAUAGAUAGACUUCGUAUAUGAAAAAAUCAUCGUUACCUAAUAUUCCAGGCAAUAAUAACUUCAGCGCGUUAAGAGGCUGCUAUUUUAGAUAUUAUUACAAAUAUGGAUUAUAGUUCCCAUAUGUUAAUACGCUUUUUUUACAUGCUUUAAACUUAUAUUUAA